AUGCUACUACUUCAAAAGCCUAGAAAGACCAAGGAAGACCUUAUACGAUUGAGAACCGUCAUUGAUCUUAGAGAGCACAACAAGAAUACCAAGAAACUAUCAUCUCCUUUACUAGAUAUCAAAUCAGUAUUGAGGAGAGUAGCUUCCAAGAAGUAUAAAUUGCUCAUUGAUGGCAAAGACACGUAUGAACAGAUUAGAAUAAUCCCUGAGCAUGUAAACAGAUCAAUAUUCAACACUCUGGAUGGAACAAUGGUUAGUGAAGUAAUGCAAUUAGGUGAUUGUAAUAGUAGAGCCAUCUAUCAAGCAUUAAUGAACCACAUUUUCCAGCCUUACUUGGGUGACUGGAUGGAUAUCUACCUAGAUGACUUAGUGAUUUAUUCAGACACAAUUGAGGAUCAUAUGCAACAUCUCAGAACUGUCAUUGAUAUAUUGCACAAGGAGAAAUUCUACCUUAGUGAACAUAAGAUACAAUUGUUCCAGAAAGAACUGAAGAUACUAGGACACAUUAUCAAUGAUCAAGGCAUUAGAAUGGACCCUCAUAAAGUCGAUUCUAUUCAACAAUGGAAAGUACCUACUAAUAAAGAUUUGUUACAAGGUUUCUUAGGAUCAGUAGGGUAUUUAGCACCCAAUAUACCUCAGUUA